GAGAUGGAGACCCACAGACCACGGCCGGCACUGCAGGUAGUGGUGGCUUCAGAAGUUGGUGGCUUUUGCACUUCCUGGGAGCCCUGAAGGAAAAGCCCAGACUCGGUGUCCGAAAAGCCCUUUGCUGCUCACUGUGUGGCUACAGGUAGCUCUGGGGAGCCCAGUGGGGGCGGGUGGGCACAGGUUGGGCAGAUGAGGAGGAGAAGCAGAGGGAGGCCCAGCAUUGCCCAGUCCGGACUUUGUCCCACGGGGAGGGCUCAGGCUGGGAUUUUGGGGUGUAAGUACUCUAGCCACCCCGAGGACCAUGGGGGUGUCACAUGGACAUCUGCAUUGGGGGCCUGGCUAGGGAGCCCACAGAGUCCAGGAAAGCCCAUGGUUAGAUGGUAAUUCUGGACCAAGGAGCCCAUUGCUCUUGGGGUUCAGCUCAGGGCCUUUGCAUCUGCCAUUGCCUCUGCCGGGCAAAACUCUUCCCUGCUUAGCACGUGGAUGCAAAACCUCGCUGGCCUCUCAGCCUCUUGCUUCUUUUUUUCCUGUUGCUCCUGUCACUUAUUUCUGUUUCUUAUCUGUUUCUUCCAACUAAUAUACAAGGGAUCUUGAAUGUCGUUUCACUGCCACCGCCCCAGGGCCUGAAAAGAAACUAUCACGCAAAGGAAAUAAAUAGAUGCGUGAAUCAUCAAUGAGCGGACAACAACCUGGGGCUGCUGAGUACCGUCCGUCGGGGUGUGGACUGCACAACUCUGGAGGUCACCAUUCUGAAGGACGGUGCUCCAAGAGCAGGCCACCGUGUAUGGCCCCACUGCACACAGCAGUCCUGGGCUCCUCUGUAACCCCACCAUGCUUGCCCCCUGCACGGCUGUGCUGGCUCUGCUUUCUACUUCCAGACUUGUCCCCCCCCCCGCCCCCCCUCCAUUUGCACUGAGUUUUCCACUUCUGAUGCCCAAGAGUGAGUCCAGUCCAUCUGGCUGUCUGCUUUAGGCUGGGUCACGGGGGCUCUGGUCAGCUUGCAAUGGUGGCAGCCAUGUGACCGCCUUUCACCUGCCUGUUUCUGGCUGGGGAGGGACGGCAAGGUUGCCUGUGGUGGCUGCCUACCUACUUCCUUCCUGGGCCCCUGCAGACCCUGAGAAAUGCUCUCAUUUCACUCCCACACCUCCCCAAGAAGGUGGCACCGAUUAUACCCACUUCACAGGUGAACUGUCUGAAGUUGUCAGGGUGACUGAGUUCAAAUGUGACUUCUCGCUCUCUGCUCGUGUAACCCUAGGCAGACUGCGUAAUCUCGCCGAGCCUCAGUUUCCUCAUCUGUAAAAUGCACAUAACAAUAAUCCCUCUUUUGAAAGAGGCGUGUGGAUCAAGUGAGGCGAUACAGGUAGCAACGGCUGUCGGCUGUCGGUGCAACGUCUGUGAGCACAUGCUCCUCUUCUCUGGCCCAGAAGUGCUGGUGCCUGGUGUGCAGAGAGCUGGGGUGUGGGCGCAUGCUGUGCACCCCUAGUUUGUGUCCCUGGGGCUCAGCUAUCAUGUGUGAGCAGAGAGGGAGGAAAGAAAGCAGCCACGCCUGUGUUCCAAGCAAGUGUUCUUGUAAGUCUGCAGCCAACUGCCAAAGCCCUGUGGCCACCUGAUCACCCUGAGCCAUGGGGUUCUAAGAUGAGCCCCACCCUCAGAGUGGGGACUCGGGGUGGGGGGACAGCUGCCAUCACACAGUGGUAGCAGAGUUCGGGGGACGAUCCCACCCCUGAUUUCGAGUCAGGCGUUGCUCCAGACGAACCCUACUUGCUCUUGGAGAGUUCAUUCAUGCGUUCACAACAUACACGGCACUGUUUUGGAAUCUUUUCACAGCAAGGAACAAAUCAGAACAAAAUCUGUACCCACAUCUUAGUGGAGGAAGAGAGACAAUAAAAAAUUAAACAUGUAAGUACACAUUAUGAGUGGUGGUAAACACAGAAAAUGGGGAUUGUUCCUGACAGGGUGAAGGGAAGGUAUCAAUCAUGAAAUUAUAUUUGAGCAGAGCCCCAGAGGAGGUGAAAGGGGACAUAGAUAUUGGGAGACAAGCUUCCUAAGCAGAUGGAUCAGCAAGUGCAAAGGCCCUGGUGUGGGCAUUAUGCUAUAAGACAGAAUUGAGGACACAGCUGAUGUUUCUUAGUGUAGCAUUCCAGAUGGAGUAUAGGAUGCCUGGUUAUGCUGGAAUCACAGUUAAACAAUGGCCAAUUCUAAUAUAAGGAUGUCCCAUACAAUUUGGGACAUAUUUAUACUAAAAAAAUUUAUUCAUUGUUUAAUUGAAAUUAAAAUUUAACUGUGUUAUAUUUUUAUUUGCUAUAUCUGGUGAAUCUCUUCAGUGGUCAGUCAUCGUGUAAGGCACAGAAAUAAAGAUCUUGGUGCUUCUACAAGGGGCCCUGGCUGGAAGACACAGGGAGUCAGCACAGGGGGGCCUGGCAGUGGAUGCUGGUCUUGCUGUUUGGGACCGUGGGCCUUGGCUGAGCCCUCCGCCUUAUGAGCCUUCCUAACUCAGCUGGAGGUGGGAGACGCAGUAUCUGAUUCCGGGCAGUAGGAAGAUCAGAGAUGAGCUUCAGGCAGCACGCUCUUUAAUCCCAGCUCCUUGGGAGGCUGAGACAAGGUCACAAGUUUGAGUUCAGCCUGGGCAUCAUGGAGAGGCCUGGUCUCCAAAUGAAAAAUAAAAAGUUCUGAGGACAUAGCUCAGCGGGCCCAACCCCCAAUACUGCCAGAAACCCUAAAACAACAACAACAACAACAAUAACAAAACUGGAGUGAAACCGCAAACCUUUCUGCCCUGUCGCCUUGUCAUUGACACUAACUCCUAUCAAGCUUCGUAUUAUGUAUUGUGUACGAGAUGUGCUCGCAUCUGCUGAUCUUCUGAAACUAUCUUUUCACAUGAGUCUUGCUUAAAAAGACAUUUCACCAAGAGGGAGGCAAUAAAGAUAAAACUUGAAGUAAAAGAAACAGCAACUUUUUUUUUUUUGUACCAGCGAUUGAACUCGGGUCCUUGCACUUGCACAGCAGGCGGCGAAACCACUGAGCUAAAUCCCUGGCGCAAAAGGACGAUUUUUUUAAAAAUGAGCAGAAACACAGCAAGGGCAGUGAGGGAAGAGAACAGAGACAGCGAGCAGAACUGCGGAGUGGUGACCCGGGAGUUGAAAGCCCAGAGGACUCCCUGCCUGCACUGACUCACUGUGGGACUCGGGGCUGAUGGUUUCUCUCUGGGUCUCAAUUUCUCUAUCUUCAAGAUGAAGGCACUGAACCAUAGAUCUACAGAAUUUUAUUGUAACUGACGGAAAGCUCAGCACACAUUGGCUUGAACAGCCAAGUCCUGGGUGGGACUGGCUUCAGGUUCAACAGGCUCCAGCGGCUCAUGGUGCUGUCCGUCUGCUGCCUUUUUGCUUGCUUCUCUAUAUAUCUAGCUCUCUCUCUCUCUCUCUCUCUCUUUCUCUCUGGCUGUCCUUCAAGGGAGCAGGUAGACAUUGCUUUAAAGAUGGGGAGUCCCCAAACAGAAGAGGUUCAAAUGUCACUGGGAGGAAGGAGACGCUGAUAAGCUAGAGCAAUGAACAUUCCUGCUCUUAAAAAAAGAUUUCUGGUUUUUGAUGUUUCUGCAGGGAGAGGAGUUUAUCAGAUCUGUCACCAGCCCAUGGGCAGUUUUCAGCUACUCACUUUGCAGCCCUUGAGGGGCUUGCAGGGAGUUGCUUGACCAGGUCCUUUGGCUGCAUAAGGGCCGUGCCUUCUUCAAACCCCAUAGCACCCUUUGAAAGGCCAGGGGCACCCUGGGUUUGCAGAAGUGGACUGGUAGCUGUGUUGUCACAUGCACGCCCAGGUUGCCAGCCUCUCCAGAAACUCAGAACUCUCUGGUAGCUUUGGAAUCAAAUUCCUGGACCGCCUCCCCGUGGGAAUGAGGUCUGUUCACUGUGGUGCCCACUCCUCGUGAAUCCAGGAGAGGAUGCCCCUUGAAUCCAGUGUCCCUUGCCACUUGUCAUCAAGUCUGUGCUCACGUGGGGUUGGGAGGAAGGUAAAUGUUCCUUGGGCUUUCUACUGUGGGCCCUGCAUCUCUUCGCUGGUGACCUGGCUUCUGCCUUAGGCGGUAAAGUGUGUGACUUCUGCCAUAAAGGAGGCAGGGAAGAGGGGUGAAGAGGCACUCUGUAUACUCCCUGAACACUGAUAGGGCACCUGCUAUGUGCAAGUGCCCCCAGCACCGGGACAGACACAAGCCUUCUGUCGGGUGAGCUCCAGUGAAGGACUCAGGUCCUCGAGAGGGUCAGCACAAAGGUGAAACACACCACAGCGGUGACCAGAGACCCAUCGACUAAAAACCAGGCCUCAAGAUAAAGACAAGAGGACCAGACCUACAUACUUCCUCAAAGAACAAACACUGGGCCUAAUGAAGUCUAGAUAGACAUCAGCCACCCUGGUGGGUGACCAGAGAUCUGUGAACCCCCCACUUCCUAGGAGAAUCUUUGUUCUUUCCAUCUACGCUUCUUAGGUGGCUUGUUUCCCAAUUGAACCACCAUUACCUAAGUGCCUACACUUGUAACCUGAUUGGAUGUUCAUGGAUGUGUCCCACGUUGUACGUACGUGGGUUUCACCCUAUAAAACUCCUCUGUAAAGCAGGGUCCCGGGCUACCCACUUGGGGGUAGCCUGCCCCUCGGGAGCUCUCCUAUCCAUAAAUACCUUCUACUCUUAACCCCUGUUGUUCCUAGAACUCAUCGAUUUCUAGAGAACAACAAGAGCUCAGUGUAUCAUACAGCUAACAGGUUGGGAGAUGUAAUAUUUCAUAUUUCAUCUCUGGUAUUAUUUUUUGUAACAGUUGGGGGAAUCAGUUAAUUAAAAUUAUAGCUGACAGAUUAUUCAAUUGUCAGUGUGAAGCCUCCAACAAUUCGUUAAUUGUGACCUCAGGAAUUUAGAGCUCUGCUCCUCGACACGAAUCCGAAGCAUGAGCAGCACCAGCAGCAGCAGCCUUGGGGAACAGGUUACCAGCCUGGAGUCUUGGGCUCUAUGCAUCUUAAAGCAAGGGAGAAAGGGCUGCUCCCAGGUCCCUGAGCUCGGCUGAGACCUGCGCCGUGCAGACACGUGCAGCAUCCCAUCCCGGCUUGGUCGGGGAUUACCUGGGGGUCUCUGGGCAAGUGAGUCGUGGUCUUCUCAGUGAGGGGAGAGCAGAAGAGGCUGCUCCGUGGGAGGGGGACAUGCAGGAGGUAGUAUAGUCCAGUAGAUGCCACACGCAGGAGCAAAUGCUAGCUUCCAGGGAGCCAGGACCUCUGAGUCAGCUCUUGAAGGAGGAGUGGAAAGGGGCUCCCUCUAAAGCUGAACCAAAGACAGUUAAUGCUCAAAACCAAAACAGGCUUUUUCUGAGAGAAGAAAUAACAGCUGCGAUGGGAAUAAACAAAACCGCAGCUUCCUCUCACUGUUUGCAAGGCUCUGGAAUUCCGCUGUGAUGUCAGCCUUCUCUGAACGGUGUGCGUGUGUCUGUCUUUCUGUGUUUUCCAUUUGGAGCUGCGGCUAUGACCACAUAUGUUUAAGACCAAUAGAGGAUGUUGAGUCUCCAAAAACACCCCAGGAGGAGAGAGUGCAAGGAACCCAGAGCGCCUGCACGGUGAAGGGUUUGCACGGGAACGAGAAUUACAGGAUUUUCAAGCGCCAGUGUGAGUGAGCAUAUUCCUGCCCCUCUAUUCCCUGUCGGGGCUUGAGGACCUCAUCAUCUGGCCUUGGCCAGGUGGGGUGCACAGAGGUGCCGGCUCGGACAUGCCCCCCCUGCUGUGCCAGGCACCCCGUGGGGAAACUGGGCUUCCAUUUGGGCAGAUGAAGUGAGAGUUCUGGGGAUGAAGAUGAGGUCCCCACCUUCUCUUUGUCGCCUUGGAGACACACACUGUGGGAUGUGCAGGAGAUGUGUGCCAUGGAAACUCCUGAUGGUAACUGAGAUGGAUCUGUGCCCCAGGCUUCACGCAGGGAAGUUGAAUUAUGGGAGUUGAAUUAACGUUGGACUCCUCAGAACAACCAUGGGAGUGAGGAGCAAAGAUGGCUUCUCUGGGGGUCCUGGGCUGAGGGGCCUAGGAAGCUCCUUUGGUGCCUGCCCAGUGAGUGGCCCCAGUCCACCCUUAGGACCAUUCUACUGUACGUAUGGAGCACCUGCUGUGUGCCAGGCCCAGGUGGGCUCAGACGAGGACACAGGCUCCGGGAGCAGUGAUUCACUGAGUCCCACCCUGCAGGGGAAGGGGUGCUCUGCGAGACCGGGUGUGCGAACCCUCAGUGAGGAGCGGUGGUCCAGAGGGCCUUGGGAAGAGGGACGAUCACGCCUCCGGGAGUUUCCCCCGGUUCCGCACUUCCUCCGCACCGCAGCUUUUCCCUCCGCCGCCAGAACCCACCGCUCUGCUCCGGCCUCCUUGCGCGUCCCAACUGCCCGUCCCAGGAGGGCAGGGCAGACUCGGAUUCCUCCCUCCGCAGGCCCAGGGCGUCAAUCCCAGCACCCGGCACCCGGUGGGCACUCGGCCCCAGCGCGCACCACUCGGGGGCUCUCGAGGCGGCCUCUCUUGCGAUCGAGGGCGCGCGGGGCUGAAGAACAAUCUCCGGCCUCGGCUCUCAGCGCCGGAGGUUGGAAGAGGGCGGGUCGCCGGCGCCCGAAGGCGAGGACGCAGAGCCGCGGGAGGAAGGAGCGCUCGCCCGCCCGCCGCCUCGCUGCCUCCCCGCGCUCGUUCUCCGGACUCCUGGAGCUGCCGGCUGCUCCUCCCACCCGCGCCCGCCUCCUCGCUCGCUCGCUCCCGGGAGCUGCUUUCCAGCCCUGCGGUGCGCCCGGGCGAGUGCGGGGCGAGGGGCCCCGGGCCAGCGCCGAGCAGAGGGCGGGGGUCCGGGCAGAGCGCAGCCGGCCGGGGAGUGGCCAUGUCUGGCGCGGGCGCAGCGGGACCAGUCUGCGGCAAGUGACCGAGCCGUGCGGCCCGCUGCCUGCCCCCCUCUGCCACCUGGGGCGGCGCGGCCCGGGUGCCGCGAGCCCGGGAGCCCCGUUCGCGCGUAGAGCCGGCGCGAUGCACGUGCGCUCGCUGCGCGCCGCGGCGCCGCACAGCUUCGUAGCGCUCUGGGCGCCUCUGUUCCUGCUGCGCACUGCCCUGGGAGACUUCAGCCUGGACAACGAGGUGCACUCGAGUUUCAUCCACCGGCGCCUCCGCAGCCAAGAGCGGAGGGAGAUGCAGCGUGAGAUCCUCUCCAUCUUGGGUUUGCCCCAUCGCCCGCGCCCCCACCUCCAGGGCAAGCACAACUCCGCGCCCAUGUUCAUGCUGGACCUGUACAACGCCAUGGCGGUGGAGGAGGGCGGCGGGCCCGACGGCCAGGGCUUCUCCUACCCGUACAAGGCCGUCUUCAGCACCCAGGGCCCCCCACUGGCCAGCCUGCAAGACAGCCACUUCCUCACCGACGCCGACAUGGUCAUGAGCUUCGUCAACCUCGUGGAACAUGACAAAGAGUUCUUCCACCCACGCUACCACCAUCGUGAGUUCCGGUUCGAUUUAUCCAAGAUCCCGGAAGGGGAAGCUGUGACUGCAGCUGAGUUCCGGAUCUAUAAGGACUACAUCCGGGAACGCUUUGAUAAUGAGACCUUCCGGAUCAGCGUCUACCAGGUGCUCCAGGAGCACUUGGGCAGGUCAGAGACCGUCUCAGAGAUGGGAAGUAACUUACCUGAGGCCGCACAGCUAGGAAAUGGCCAAGGGAGUCAGACCUCUUUCUACUCGACAGCCGCACCCUCUGGGCCUCCGAGGAGGGCUGGCUGGUGUUCGACAUCACGGCCACGAGCAACCACUGGGUGGUCAACCCUCGGCACAACCUGGGCCUGCAACUUUCAGUGGAGACUCUGGAUGAGCGUGAACCCCAAGCUGGCGGGCCUGAUCGGGCGGCAUGGACCCCAGAACAAGCAGCCCUUCAUGGUGGCCUUCUUCAAGGCCACGGAGGUGCACCUCCGCAGCGUGCGGUCCACGGGGGGCAAGCAGCGCAGCCAGAAUCGCUCCAAGACGCCCAAGAACCAGGAGGCGCUGAGGAUGUCCAGCGUGCCAGAAAACAGCAGCAGCGACCAGAGGCAGGCCUGUAAGAAGCACGAGCUGUACGUCAGCUUCCGAGACCUGGGCUGGCAGGACUGGAUCAUUGCGCCUGAGGGCUAUGCCGCCUACUACUGCGAAGGGGAGUGCGCCUUCCCUCUGAACUCCUACAUGAACGCCACCAACCACGCCAUCGUGCAGACACUGGUCCACUUCAUCAACCCGGACACCGUGCCCAAGCCCUGCUGUGCUCCUACCCAGCUCAAUGCCAUCUCUGUCCUCUACUUCGACGACAGCUCCAAUGUCAUCCUAAAGAAAUACAGAAACAUGGUGGUCCGGGCCUGUGGCUGCCACUAGCCCCUGAUGGAAGUCCUGCCCUUGGGGUCACGUUUAUUUGAGUCUGCACUGUGGCACUGCCCAGCAUCUCCGCCGCCCACCUUGGCAAGGAACCAGCAGACUGAUCAUCUUCUACGAGGCCUCCCUGUCCCUCCCCAGUUUUACAGGUCUAAGAGUGCUAGGAAUUGGAGCACCAAGUGGCUUUUGAUCCAUUUUUCAUCGGUGGCACCCUAAGGACAAGAUCCUACGAGCUACUACAGGCAAAAUCUGGCAGGAAACACAUCUGUGAGGAAAGAUCACUCAGCCGCGGUCAUCAGCUGUACUGUCCCCGCCACACCCUGACUUGUUCCAGAGAUGAUUAGGACGCCCUUCAGCCAGGUGACCAGCCACCAGCUGCAGGAGGAGGGGACAUGGCCAGGGUGGGCACCUGUGUCUGUGCUGAAGGGAAACAUGCAGAAUUCUUUGUAAUAAAUGUCACAAUAAAACCAAUGAAUGAAAAUGGUUAGGAUGUUACAGGUAUAUUUUCCUAAACGAUUUAUCCCUGCUUCUGGGUUUAUUCUGACUUUAUGAACAGCAGCGGUGGCCGGUGGAGGGCAAGGAGCCCCCUUCUGUUCUGUUCCGGUGUCAGCUUGAGGCUGCAGGGCCUGUGUUCACCCAGAUCCCACUGCAGGGGCCGGCGGUGUGAAUGUAUGCUGGAGGGGGCUCCCUGUCACCCUUCUGCAGGUGUGUGCUGGCAGAAGUGAGACGUGACAGACGGGAUGGGUCCUCCGGCCUCCCCUGCUGUAGGGAGCAGUUUGAAGUAGUGGAAUAGACAAGGACAGACAAUAGUAUGGCGCUUGCGACUUCAGCGUGGUGUUAACACAGAAGAAACGUAACUGUCACCGGCUUCUCCGAGCAGGGCCCUUGGCGUCUCCUCUCGGACGAUGCCCCGACUAGGGUCCUGCCAGGGGCAUUGAGGCUGCCUCCUUUUGCUUCUUGACCCCUAGCAGAGAGCUCUGCAGACAGAUUUGCUGCUUGAAGUAAGAGACAGGCCAGUGGGAAGGCUGAUGGGCACAGGGCAUGCUGGACUCGAGUCGCAAACAGAAGGAUCUAGAUCAGUGGUGGCGAACCUUUUAGGGACGGACUCCCCAACUGCAACCCAAGACCUGCUUAUUUAUCGAAAAGUGCCAACACUGCCGUUAUACCCGGACACUGAAGUUUUAGUUCAGAAAAACCAACUCAGACGCUUGGCUUGCGUGCUGACAGAGGGCUGUGUGUGCCCGCUGCCACCCGCCUGCCAUAGGUUCGCCACCACUGAUCCAGAGAGCGACCUCCUAAACGAAUGCCCUGAUUUGGGGUGGCGGUAUCUGUGCUGCAGCUCUGGUGCCAGCCCCCUUGGCUCUGCUGCUCACCCCGUAAAGGGGUGUGUGUACCAGCCCCCAGCUGUAAGCGCAAGGCCUAGGGAGGGCUGGGCUGCCCUGGGACACUUCCCACAUCUGCUCAAAGAACACAGCUCAUUUCCCAGGCACGACCCGGGCCGGGGGGAACCUGGCCCUGGGGAAGCUGUUCUCCAGCUCCAUCAAGUCAGUUCCUAGAACCACACUGGCUUAGCUUUUGUUCUCUGUUCUUUUUUCUUCUUUAGUAGCUUGGGCUGCAGCUCUCACUACCUGGCUGCUGAGGGAUGAGAAUUUUUUGUUAGAAUUGUUCUGUUGUUGGCAGAUCUGGGGCUCUCUGUGGGACUCCUGCUUGGUGUGAGUUUUUCCACUACUUUAGUGCCCCCGCCGGCCUCUUUUGCGCAUUGUUUGUGCAUUAAAACAUGUAAAUAGUUGUGAUGACAGAGAUUAUUUAUUUCCAUCUGAAGCUCUUUUGCAAACCCUCCUUUCAUCCCUUGUUCAGAACAACGAGCUUGCUUUCCUCCAACCUGUUUGUUUUCUUAUUUAAGAUUAUUUAUUGAUGAUUGGACCGAUGUACCCAUGGCUGUCGCAUAGAGCAGCCCUUAGUGACAAUUCUGUAUAAAUAAACACAAUAAAAAGGGUUUUGACUUUGCAAUAAAA